UGCAGUAGAAGCUCCAAAGGAAGAAACCCCAAUAGAAGAGACUCCAAAGGAAGAGGCUCCAAAGGAAGAGGCUCCAAAGGAGGAUGAGGCUGUAGUUGAAUCUCCAAAAGAAGAGAUACCAGUUGAAGCUGCAGUAGUAGCUUCAAAGGAGGAGACUCCUAAAGAAGAGGCUCCAGUUGACACUCCAAAAGAAGAGGCUACAAAAGAAGAAGCUCAAAAGGAAGAGGCUGUAGUUGAAGCUCCAAAGGAAGAGGCAGCAGAUGAAGCUUCAACGGAAGAGACUCCACAAGAAGAAGCUUCAAAGGAAAAUACAGUACAAGCAGAACCAGAAACCCCCAAGGAAGAAACUUCAAAGGAACCAGAAGCUGAGGCUGUUAAGGAAACUGAACAAGAAGCUGCACCAACAGAAGCUGCACCAACAGAAGCUGCACCAACAGAAGCUGCACCAGUAGAGGAGACCAAAGAGAAGACAGAAGAGCCUACUCAAGAAUCUGAAGCUACCUCAACAGAGACUAAAACAGACGAUACUCCUGCACAGGAAGACACUAAUGCUCAAUCAAGUGAAAAAUCAGAGGAAAAGGCAGAAACUGAGAGUAAGGAAAAGUCAGAAGGAGCCAAUGAGAGCGUAGCAUCAGGAAAUCAAAAUGGCGCAGCUAAAGGGAAGUCCAAAAAGAGGAAAAACAAGAAGAAAAAUAAAUCCUAAGAGAAGCUGUUAUGUUAUAUGUAAGGCCAAACACAGCCAGAUUGUUGGUGCUGACUUAUACAGACAUUUUCGGUUCAUACUCGAAACUUACCAUCUUUUGAAUUCCAAGCUAUGUGUGUUCUUCGUAACUAAGAACAACUUAGCGAUUUCAUCGAUCAUAAUUUUUUAACUCGGUCAGAUAUUAUGACCAUAGCUGUAUAUACAAGGAGAAAAUGAGAAAAAACAAACAAAAAAAUGUGUAUAAAUAACUGAAUCAUAUGGAAUGGAAUUGUACAUAAACAUUGGACUUUACGCAGUAUUGUAGUUGUGCAGAUUUGUACGCAGGAUUUGUACGCAAUUUGGUUUGUAGGUGUGUAAAUGUACAUAUGUAAGCUUGGUAGGAAUACUAUAUGCGAUUCACAUCUUUGUAUUGUACAUACUUAAGGUUUCGUGCAUACACUAUGUGAUCAGUGCCUCUGUAUUUGUAUUGUAUUUCCAUAAGUUGUGGUGUAUAACACAUGAUCCUCCCCUCUGUAUUGUACAUAUGGAUAAUUUGGGG